GUGUGUGGCGGCCUGGACCCAAGGGCUCGUGCAGGCCGCAACCGCAGCAGGCGAAGCGCCGGCUUCAGAUGGAUGCUGACGUGGACAGAAGGAGUGACGAGAGGUUGGCGAAGGUGCAGCGAAGCUACGUGCUGCAGCAGGUGGGGCAGCAGCGCGGGCAGGCAGGGCAGACUCGAGGCGAGGAGGCGGCGGGUGGGCAGACCUGGACUCGCGAGCAGGCUGGGACGAGUCGAGAAACGGGGCCGGGGAGCACGCAGGCGGGUGUGGGGCAUGGUGAGGCGUGGGCGUAUGAUGCAGGGAAGUCGCAAGGCGCAGCGGGACGGGGAAACGAGUGCGUGGCGGAAGGAGGGGGAGGUGCGGCUGGAAGGCGCUGUGGUGGCGCGGAGGAGGAUGUGGCAAGGCACGGCAAGGAUGGGUGCCAGUAUCGCAUAACACCACGAUCAAGGAUAGGUCUCCUCAACAGCACAUGCGAUGCAAUCAACAUGUGUUACGUCAAUGCCACACUGCAAGCCCUCGCCUCCCUCCCGCCCUUCCUCUCCCACCUCCUCCACCUGCCCCUCCCCGCCCCUCUCGCCCGCUCCUCCUCCCUCCGCCUCCCCGUCACCACCGAGAUUCAGCGGCUGAUGUGGCAGCUGCUGGGCCUGCCACGUGGCAACGGCAGUGGCGCCACCGUAGGGAGCAUUAGUAGUCGAACGAGGGGGACAGCGGGUGGCGUGGCGGAUGCGAGCGCUGUUAAAAGGGCCGUGGGGCGCAGCGCUCGCAUCUUCCUGGGACAGGAACAGCAGGUGAGAGCGGCAGGUGAGGGCAGCAGGUCUGAACCCCUCUCAUACUCCUAUCUCGGCAUUCCCCCUUCCUUCCAUCUCGCCCCGUUCCCUUCAUACCCCAUCUCGCCCCUUCCCCCCUCACACCUCCCCAUCUCGCCCCUUCCCCCCUCACACCUCCCCAUCUCGCCCCUUCCCCCCUCACACCUCCCCAUCUCGCCCCUUCCCCCCUCACACCUCCCCAUCUCGCCCCUUCCCCCCUCACACCUCCCCAUCUCGCCCCUUCCCCCCUCACACCUCCCCAUCUCGCCCCUUUCCCCCUCCACACCUCCCCAUCUCGCCCCUUCCCCCCUCACACCUCCCCAUCUCGCCCCUUUCCCCCUCACACCUCCCCAUCGCGCCCCUUCCCCCCUCACACCUCCCCAUCUCGCCCCUUCCCCCCUCACACCUCCCCAUCGCGCCCCUUCCCCCCUCACACCUCCCCAUCGCGCCCCUUCCCCCCUCACACCUCCCCAUCGCGCCCCUUACCCCCUCACACCUCCCCAUCGCCCGUGCGCCCAUCAGGACGCCCACGAGUACCUGUGCGCGCUGCUGCACUGCCUUGCCUCCGAAGCCGCCACCAUCGCCGCCGCUGCUGCCUCUCCCACGCACACCCAGCCUCCCGCCCACGCCCUCGCCCUCGCCCACACGCCAACCCUGGGAGAAGGCCGGGCGGGAGAAAGCGAGGAAGGAGGGCUGCGACAGGAGGGAGAGAGGGGAGUCGCAGAGUUAGAGAAGGGUGGAGGCAGGGAAGAGGGUUUAGAGAAGGCGAGCACUGAGGCCGGGAGUUCGUCUGCUGUUGGCAGCAAUUUCCUGUCGACGGUGGGGGUGGUGAGGGAGUGUGAGGGGUGUGGAGGGAGAGAAACCGGUGAAGAGGAGUUUCUCUGUCUGUCGCUCCCAAUCCCCUCCGCCUACCCCGGGAGCCCUGCUACCCACUCCACCACUGCUGGAUCUGAAGCUCCUGCUGCUGCUGCUGGCCCUGCAGCUGCUGCAUGCACUGGUGCAGGUAGCAGAGGCGGUAUUACUGAUCCCAGUGCUGCUGUUGCUGCUGGUGGUGCAGCCGCCUCUCUCGCGCGCCAUCCGCUCUCAACACUGCUGCAGAACUUCUUCCAGGACGAGACCGUGCAAGGCAGGGUAUGCACCCACUGUCACCGCUCUGCACCGUGCCGCAUCUCCCGAGCCUUCUUGCGUCUACCUCGCAUCCUCGUCCUCCACCUCAACCGAUUCCAAACCACCUUCCACCCCACUGCAUGCCUUGAGAAACCCCCUCUGUGCCACGAGGAGCCCACUGCCUCCCUUGGCAACCCCCAAGGCAGCACCACCAUCCCACCGCCUCCAUCGUGUGAACCACCACCCGCUCCGUCCCCUCCGAUUGCUCAACACACACGCCCCCUCGCAUACCGCCCUCUGUUUAACCCUUCCCCUCCAUUCCCUGACGAGAACCCAUUGUCCGUGCCAAAAGAAACUGCUCCUCCCUCUGCUCCGACUGGCAAGGCGCCUCAGGCUACAACCGACGUAGCCUCGUCUCGCUCCCCCGCUUCUCCUCUUGUGCCGGCUGCUGGGGCAUCGACUGUCAACCCCUUCUCCCUGGCAAAGGCUGCAGGCAGGCCGGUGGUGUUCACGGAGGUGGCACCUACGGGGGUGGUGUGUGGGCUCAAGGGUGGCGGCUGGCUGAUAAAGCGUGUGAGUACGGUGGGUGCAGAUGCGGAGGAAAUGGAAACUGGGGGAAGGUUGGAGGGGCAGCUGGCUGGGAGAAUCAAGUUGUCAAGUGAAGGAAAGGGGGAAGAGCAAGAGGAGGGGCGAGGGGGGGAGGGCGAGGGUAGGGAGUGUGAAGAGGAGAAUGAAGAGGUGGAGGAGGAUUGGGCGGAGCUGCUGGAAGGGGCAGCGGGUGUGAUUGGGGAGGGUGCAGGCGAUGGUGGUGGUGACAGCCCUGUGGGCGUGAUGGUGGAUGGUGGCAGGGAGGGCAGCAGCAGAGUGGGUGAUGGUGGCAUGGAGGGAAGGGAGGCGAGCAGGGGUCGGUACGAGUGCAGAAAGAAUGUGGAUCGGGUGGAGAUUGCCAAGACACUUGACGUUGGUGAGGAAUUCUUUUCAAUUUACUCACUGCUGUUCCAUAUCCCUGAUAAGCCUUUCCAGCCAUUAUCUAUGUCCCCUGUGCGCAGCAGCGAUGCAAGGAGCUAUCUCUCAAGGCGCAGAGCGGCCGACAGCAGCACGGCAACACGGCAGCACGGCAGCAUGCCACGCUCCCAUUUCCCCUUCCAUCAACUUCAUCCGACGUUGCUCCUUCCCCCUUCUAUCUCCACUGAACCGCAGCCACGUGGCAACUCGCUAUUGGCGCUGCGGGCCGUGGUGCGACACACGGGGACCUCCGUGGCGCACGGUCAUUACAUUGCUGACGUGGCGGAUGACAGCCUGUCACCGCCUGCUAUGGCGUGUUGGCGCAUGAAUGACCUUCCCGACGAGCUUCUCAUUGCCAUCUUCUGGCCCUCCAACCGCCUCUCCUCUCGCCAGUCCGACGACGAGGCUCUGUGGGCCACUGUGCGACCUACCCCAAGGUUCAUUCGCGAAAAUGCAGACGAGCCACGUUACCAGCAGAGCGAUACCAUGUUUCCGAAUCCUCCUCUUCCUCCGGCGUACGCCGACGCCGCGUACAAUCUUCUCCUUGCGUCGAUCUGCCGCCGCUGGCGUCGCCUAGCGCAGCGCCACGUGUCCACGCUGCUCGUCAAGGAGAACCGCAGCGUUUCCCACGAGGAUCUCGGCGCGGCAGUCGCGUGCUUCCCGCGCCUCACGCACCUGCAUCUCAGCGACGGCAGCGCGCAGCCCAUCGACGACGCCUUCCUCGCUCGCCUCGCCGCGUGCUGCCCCAAGCUGACUGCGUUCCAUCUCGGGAAUGCCAUCGUGCAGAACCCCGAGUACGACCCGCCGGGAGAGACCUUGCUCACGCCCGCCGGCUUCGACGUGUUCUUCCGCAAAUGCACGCAGCUGGAGCACCUGUCGAUCUCCUGCCUGCAUUGCGAGUUCGGGUUACCAGCUUCGCUCUUCCAGCUCGUGCAUCUCCGAUCCCUCGCGCUGGCCGAUCUGUCCGCGGUAACCACUCCAGAAGUGAAGAGCUUGAGCGCCCUCGAGGCGAUGGCCAUCGACACGGCGGUGUGGGACUACGACGACCUCGAGCCCCUCGCGCACCUGCCGCGCCUCACGUCCCUCUCCGUGCUGCACGAAGUCUCCAUUUUUCCUGGCACCUUUCGCUCUCGUCGGUUCUCCUUCGCGCGCCUAUCGUCGCUCAAGUCGUUGGAUCUAGGAUCCAGCCCCUCUCCACCGUUCGAUGAGAUGUUCCCCUCAGAGUCCCCCUCAGAGUCCCCCUCAGAGUCCCCGUGCAGCGUGCUGGAGCGCGUGGCGCUGUACCAGUGCGACGAGCUGCAGAAUCUCCCGCACGACAUCGCCGAGCGCCUGCCGUGUCUGCGCGAGCUGAGCAUCAGCGCGUGCGACACUUUGCUGGAGCAGCCCGAGGCGGUCACGUUGCUCACCGGGCUGCGCUCCUUGACGCUCGCCAGGUGCCCAUUCGUCGGCCUGCCAGACCAGUUGGGAGAGUUGCCUCUUUUGACAACGCUCGUGCUACACAGGCUGAACAUCGCCUUCCCUGCCUCGUGCAGCCAGCUCAAGGCCCUCGAGACGCUGGCAGUCACAGAGUGCGAGACCCUGGACGAGCUACCGCACCCGCUCGCCACCCUCACCGCGCUCAAGACCCUGUGCCUCGCGGGUUCACCCUUGGUGGUUCUCCCUGACGACAUGGGAGGGCUCACCAACCUGCACACCCUCUUCCUCAAGUCGUACCGGGCGCGGGAAACCCUUCCUUCCUCCUUCACGCACCUGGCGUCGCUCGCACGCCUGGAGCUGCACGAGUGCGAGCUGGUCGACCUGCCACACGCCAUAGGCGAGCUGAGGCACCUGCGCGAGCUGUACCUCGAGUCGUGCCCGCGCAUGCAGACACUCCCAGAGUCCGUGACAGCCCUGCUGAACCUGCAAGUGCUCGUGGUGGACCAGUGCAGCAGCCUCUUCUCCGUGCCCAAGAGUCUGCUCAAUCUGGCCAGGCUGAAGCAGCUGGAGCUGACCACGUGUGGCAAGCUGAGGCGAGCUCCUGAAUUCCUGCCGGGGUCGUUGGAAAUCCUAAGCUUGGGGAGUGGUGCUGAGCAGGUGAUGCAUCUGCCGGGUACCUACUCUCUCCCACGCCUCAAGACAGCACGCUUGAACAUGGUCAUCCUUCCACUUGCUCUGUCCAACAGCCUUGCUUCAUUGGAGCACCUGCAUGUGGUGUUGGCGUGUGAGGAGGAGUUCCCAUUCCCGUUGGCGGACCUCCCUCGCCUGCGCUCCCUCACACUCAUCACCACCGUAGUCAUGCAGCUGCCACACUUCUCCACCUCAACGCUGCAGGAGUUGCGGCAGCUGGAAUUGCUCUUGCCUGAGCUGACGGAGAUCCCAGCCACCAUCGCAGCGCUCCACAAGCUCACCUACCUCGAGAUCAACGCUCCCAAGCUGCCUUCCCUGCCCGAUUCCAUCGGGGCGCUGUCCCGACUAGGCAAGCUGAUUCUCUCCAACAGCCCAGCGCUCACACACCUCCCGGCCUCCUUCACGCAGCUGGCCUGCCUGCGCGAGCUGCGCGUGCACAGGGCCGCCAUCACAUGCCUUCCUCCCAACUUCGCUCGCCUUGCCCGCCUGCAGAAGCUCGACUUGGAGGGCUGCAGGCAGCUGGAGGCGCUGCCGGACGACGUGGGCGAGCUGAAGCUGCUGGACCGCUUGAUCUCUGGCGGGUGUGACAAGCUGCACGACGAUGAAGGCAAGCUUCGCCUCCCAGGGGGACAUACUUCGUACCGGUGGAUGUACUAG